UGAGGGAAGGACGAUUGUUCCCGGGAUCGGAGCACCCAAUGGCGGCGAAGGCGCGGUAUUUAAUCUUUUUUCAGUACUGUGGCACUCAGUACAGUGGAGUAAUGAAAUCGCCUUCAGAUCAACCAAUUCUUGGAGUUCAGAAUUAUUUGGAGAACGCAGUGCAGAAGCUUCGGCCAGUCAAUGAAGUCAAUAUUGCGAUCUCCAGUCGUACGGACAGUGGUGUUCAUGCUCUGUGUAAUUCUGCUCACCUCGACAUUCAGAGAAAGGAAGGAAAGCCACCAUUUUCAGCAGAGCUGCUCGUCAACGCACUUAACUUCCAUUUGAAACCCGAGCCGAUCAGUGUCAUAAAAGCUUUUCGAGUGGCCGAUAAUUUUAGUGCUCGGUUCAGGGCUCUAUCUCGGACGUAUGUGUACCGACUUGUGACAGGGUGCUGGCACCGUUCUCAACUUCCAGUAUUUGAAAGGAAUCUUUGCUGGCCGGUGUCUAAUACACCUUUGAACACAGACAUCAUGAAAGAGGCUGCACAGAUCCUGCUGGGCACGCAUGACUUCAGUACCUUCCGCUCCUUAAACUCGGAGACUCCCUUCAAAUCACCGCUGAAAACAUUGCUUCAGGUGGACGUAACUCCUGGUUUCAGCAUAUCUCUGCAACAGAAUUUCCACAGCCACCUGAAAUUUUGGGAACUGACCUUCAGGAGCAAGUCCUUCCUCUACAAACAGGUGAGGAGAAUGACAGGUGCCCUGGUGGCUGUCGGACAGGGCAGACUAAUGCCUCAACAUAUUGCUGACCUGCUCGAGAUGCGGGAUUCCAGGGCUUAUCCACAAAAUAUUAUAGCCCCACCUGAUGGUCUGUUUUUGAAAAAUGUUGAAUAUGACACAAAGGAUCUUGAAGUGGAAGAAAGUGUAAUUCAGUGAUUGUGGAUGGGUCUGUGGGUUUGCUAAAACAUCUUGGAACAGACUUUAGGCUCCAAAGUAGCUGAGAAAUGGGAAAAAAGUCUUGCAUUUAAAUUGCAUUUUCACAACCAUCAGAUGUCUCGAACUGCUUUACAGCUAAGUGAGUAUUUUUAAAGUGUGGCCGCUGUUGAAAUGUUGGAAGUGCGGUAGCUAAUUGGUGCUCAGCCUUGCCCCACAAACAGUAAUGUGAUAAUGGCCAAAUAAUCUGUACUUUUGUGGUGUUGAUUGAGGAAUAGAUAUUGGCUGUGGCACCAGGAAGAACUUUCCUCCUCUGCUGCUAUUGGAUCUUUCAAAUUGACCCGAGAGAUCAAAUUGGACUUCAGUUUUGUGUCACUUCUAACAGAUGACACCUCUGAUUGUGCAGCAUUCCCUCAGUACUGCACUGGGAUGUCACCUUUGACUUGUUGUGUUGAAGCUCUGGAGUGACACUUGAAUGCAAGGUCGCAGUGACCAACAGAAACACACCUGACACUCAAAAAUGACAAUUAUUGAUGACAAGAACUGGGUUAGUUGUGUAAAGACUUGCAUACGCUAUGUUAACAGUCCCAAAUAUGUUACAAACUGUGGAGAAGCAACAUGUUGAAUAAAGGCCCUUUUUAAAUUAAAUAUGGAGACUCCCGAUCAAAAUUGUCUUUACAAAAUAAUCACCAGCUAUAUGUAUGUAUGUUUGUGAGAAUUGAACAUGAGGGAAAAUGGAUCAAACAAAGUUUAUACAGCCCAUUAUAGUACACUCCACAACAACUUCUCCCAAAGCUAUUUCCUAUGUUGGGGAAAAGGUUCAUGAAAGAUGUUGCAGCCACCAAAGACAUAUCUGCAGAAUAUCCAUCUCAUCACACAUUCACAUCAGUCAGACAAUUCCAUUGUACCAAUAUUCUCAGAGUCAUCAUAUCCUAGACAAUAUUGUCUUUGUGUUUGUAACCAAAGAGAUUAAUUACUGUACAACAGAUUCUCAGCUAAUGUACUUGACACUGUAAAAGGUGUGAAAUGCUUAUGUAGUUAUAAGCAGGAUUGGAGGUCUCAUAGAAAGCGACAGAAGGUGAAGAAGGGUUACACCCGAAACAUUGACUUCACCUUCUGAUGCUGCCUGGUUCUUCCAGCCUCCUGCUUGUCCACACAGGAGAUGUUCAAUGGAACCAGCAGAUGGGUGAGUUUUAGAAUACAACUGGACAGAACAGUAGGUUGUAAGGUUUGUUUUUUUGCUUAUUACUGUUGUAUUUGGGGAAAUUUAUUUUGACUGUUUUAUUCAAUAUGAACAUAAUUAGGAGGAGAGGCUAUUGACCUCAGUCAGUAAGUCUGGUCAGUAGAACAAGGACAGCUUGAAGUAGGAAGAUGAAGCAACUUAGGGAUGUUUAUUUGGUGUCUUCAAUGAAUGAAUUUGAUUGGUCUAAGCAAAAAGAUAUUUAACACAUAAAUGGAUUUGCUGUAGAUGGGUGUGGAUGCUUAAAGCAAUAGGAAACCAAAAAGGCUGAAGCAUUCUUCAUAGUUAUUGGCUCACAUGUUUUGAUCAACAUAUAAACACUAAUUCCUGAUUCAAAGAAAAUGUUCCCAGGUUUCAGUUACAAUCCUGACUUAGUGCCUCU